UGCUUAUUUACACCGUGAAUAUGACUGACUGACUUGGGAAUAGGUGAAAGAUAUGUCACUAGCAACGUUCAAAUCGCCAACCCAGCAACGGGUGUGUUUGAAUAUGUUGGAGCGAAGUAUCGUUACUUCACCACCCCGCACGGUAAGCGAUCUUCCCGAAAGUCUGCAUAUGUAAACACUUUCUAAGAACUCAUAAAUAGGGCUCCGCAUCAUGACAUUUGGUGUUUUAUUCGAUUUCACGGGAAAUUCCAAUGUCUCGAAGAUUAUCAAAGCAGCCGAUAUGGUAAAGCAACAAUGGUUUUUGGAUGCUGUGAAUCAACCUGAACCAAUUGAUGUCUUCCUCCUCAUCGGACAUAACCCAAUCAGAACGACGGAUUACUCGAGCACAUUUGGGCUUCUUCAUAAAACCAUCAGAACAUUACGUCCUGAUACUCCAAUUCAAGAGUUUGGUGGUCAUAGCCAUAUCAGAGACUUUCAAGUUUAUGAUGAUAGGAGUACGGGUCUUGAAUCUGGUAGGUUCACAGUUUGGGAAAAUAAUGAGAUAUUCUAACGAAGAGCAGGACGAUACUGUGAAACUUUAGGAUGGCUUUCCAUGAGUGGUAUCAACUCCUCAACCUUCACAGGCAACGUCUUUCCACGUGGAGUAGCAAACCCAACUCGUCCAGCCACCAACACAUCCACAUCCGGAAUCGUCUACUCACGCAGAUACCUCGAUUGGAACCGAGCCACCUUUGCGUACCACGCAACCAGUUCUCAGGACGAGACCUUCGACUACCACAGCGGUCUCCGAGUUUCCGGCGAAGUCACCAAGAUUCGCAAACAGCUCAAUCUCAGCUCGCUCUACGGUUGUGCGCCAGCAACCUACUGUUUAUCCUGCAAACCUUUCGGUGACCCAGGGAAUAUCUUCAGCCUCAUCCCCGUAGCCCUUGGAGCAACAGUCAUCAACCAAGACCGCGCUCAAAUCCCUCGCUACAUCCUCAUAAACUCAGGAAGUAUCCGUUUCGACCUGGUCAAGGGGCCCUUUACCUACGACGACUCGUUCAUCGUGAGUCCCUUCAACGACACCUUCCAGUACAUCAAAGAAGUCCCCUACGAGAUGGCGGUCAAGGUCCUGAAUAGUAUGAACGGCGCCACUCUCCCUGACAAACGGAGCUCUCCCAACCAAUUAUUUGGGUCCAUGCCCCGUCUCGCGGAUAGAACAUGUGCGGAUCCCAUUCUCAGCUCCACGGCGACGCUCAAAACGCGCGGUAUUCACCGCAGACAGACGAGCGUGACGCUGGGCUACGUGACAUCGGACGACUUUGGGACGGACGGGGAUGACACCGUGCACAGCAAGAUCCCGAAUUUUCGACAGCCCAACUACAUCCAGGGUAACGGGUCGUUCCCGGUGGAUGGCACGACGCCGGCGGUGGUGGAUGUCGUCUUCUUCGACUACUUUGCGAAUGUGGUGGUGAGUGUUUCGAAUGCCAUGGGCGCUUCUUAUACCAUGGCGGAUGUGGACCAGUAUGUGGGUGUCUAUUCGGCGCAGAAUUAUCUACCCGAUUAUGCCAAAUUGCAUUGGCAGGAGAAUAUGCCUGCUUGUCCCGUGGGUCAGGGUGUGGGGUAUCCGGAUCGGAAAGUUUAGAGUUGAGGAUGGGAGUUUGGAUGGGAGGGUUGGAGGGACUCUAUUUUUGGAUGGACGGCGUCAUGCUCUCACGAAG